AUGUCCGCCAAGGCAGUUUUCUCCCCAGACGCGCCAAACCCGCCGCCUUUCCUCUCCCAAGCUAUCAGCUUAGCCAACCUAGUGUUCUGCUCUGGCCAAGUAGCAAUCAAUCCAAAGACUGGCGUGCUUGUCCGAGGGACGGUUCGCGACAGAACAAAGCAGAUCUUACUCAACCUCGGUGCCGUCCUUGACGCGGCUGGCUCCGGUCUGGACAGUAUUGUCAAAGCCAACAUCUACCUCACCAACAUCCAAGACUUUGCCGAGGUCAAUGAGGUCUAUGUUUCCUUUUUCCCAGGCCUGAAGCCGGUAAGCAUCGUCGAGCCCGGAUGA